AGCUAUUCAAAGAUCGAUUUCAGUGAUAGGGUAGGAUAGGGUAUUUGUCCUCCUUGAUGACCGACGGUACGUUGAGACAUAAGCGAUCUGUUGUUAGGAGGAUGCAGCAGAUUUCCGUACAUAACACAAGCUAUCCAAUCACUCGUCGCGACUGAUUUACGUUCCACUGGUGUCGGUUUAAACUGUGAAGCUAGCUGUCAUCUAAUCCACUAGCGCAUGCGUGAGGCAACAUCCCAGAGAUGCUUCAGGGUUAUGAUUACUCCUGCUCCCUAAUAGUAGGUAGCCACCUCGUCUGCCAUUCAGCUACUGUGCUAGCACAGUGAAGUGAGAAAUUCUUGACCAAACUGAAUUUUUGGCCAUAACUGGUCAAACCCGUCUUCUACUUUAGUCGGAACGCGUCUAAGCGAAGGCGGAAGUCAGUGCAUUGGUGUUUCUCGCUUCACUGCCGUCUUCUUUUCUGAUGAACCCAUAGCAUCAGUGUCGUGAACAUCAGAGGCUCCUGGUGUGGCGUGAAAUUUUGGGGUAUGAUGUCGUUCACGCAAACAUCAAGGGUGCCAAAUGUGAAGAGUGACAAGUGAAGGAACUCUAAUCCACCAUGGGAAACACACCAUCAAAGAGUGGCAGCGGAGAGGAGCCGGUCAAGACAACUUUGUUUGAAAAGGAACCAAGUGGGAUAACAUACAGAAUUCCUGCUCUCAUUUAUCUGAGGCACAGUCACACCUUCCUCGCCUUUGCAGAGAAAAGAUCUUCGCCCUGUGACCAUGAUGCCAAAAUCCUUGUUAUGAGAAGAGGAACAUUGAAAGAUGACGGAUCUGUUCAGUGGUCAUCCAGUCAGGAGCUGACAACAGCAUGUGUACCAGAUCAUCGCACAAUGAGUCCUUGCCCUGUGUAUGAAAAAAACAGCAAAAUGCUGUUUUUGUUUUUUAUCUGUGUCUGGCGAAACACCACAGAGAUCAGGCAGGUCAUCACAGGUAAGAACAAGGCUCGUCUUUGCUGUGUUAGCAGCAGUGAUGACGGGCAAACCUGGAGUCAAGUGAAAGACUUAACAGAAAACGUGAUUGGUGAAGCUCUCCACAAGUGGGCCACAUUCGCUGUUGGUCCAGGCCACGGCGUGCAGCUCGAGAACGGCAGAUUGAUCAUCCCAGCAUAUGCCUAUUAUGUCCCAUACAGAUGCUGUUCCUUCCCCAUUCCUUUUACGGUCUACCCACGUGCACUUUCAAUAUAUAGUGAGGACUUUGGCCAGACGUGGCAUCUUGGUAAGAUGCUUCGAAAAAAGUCAUGCGAAUGUGAAAUGGCAGAGAUCAUAGAUCAUGAAGGCAGGAGUCAUCUUUACUGCAAUGCUCGCAACUCUGGCGGCCACAGAUGUGAGGCCCUGAGUGAAAACAGCGGCGUGUAUUUUGACAAACCCCACAUUGCUCCAGAGCUCGUCGAACCCCCUUCAGGCUGUCAAGGCAGCGUCAUCGGCUUUCCUGCCCCUGAGUUCGUCCCAAAUGAUGAUGCUGAAAGCAAAGCCUGUGGCACAUCGCUCUUGUCUCCAGACACACAAACCUGGCUCCUCUUCAUCCACCCAACUAACAAGUCUAGUAGAAGGGACAUGGGCGUGUAUUUGAACCGAUCUCCCCUGCACUCAUCGGGAUGGGACAGGCCCAGGAUCAUCCAUAGGGGACCCAGUGGCUAUUCAGACCUGGCCUACAAUGGAGACAAGGAUCAGUUUUCCUGCUUGAUGGAGUGCGGUAAGGAGAGUGAAUAUGAGCAGAUCGCAUUCAUGUCGUUUACGCUUAAUGAUGUCAUGCAGACGGGCAGCAAGAAAGACAAGAAGAUGCGCUGAAUUGUGGUUGCUUUAUUUCAGUAUAAACAAAGCUCUCUAACAUUCUCGUGCAAUCUAAAAGUCUAAGCAAAAGCCACUAAAUAUGCUGUGCAGUAACAUCCGUCUGUGUUUACCGUUGUUCUACAUUCUGGAGAUGAUAAUGCAUGCAUGAGUCGUGUGUUUCGUUGUCUCCUUGUUUACACAGAGUAAGUCAAGUCUUAAUAGUAUCAAUAUGCAAGCAGCCGUAUAAGGAAGGAAACUAUUCGAAAAGGUUGGGUGGCUGAAUUCAAGCACGCUGUGCUGGACUGUCAGUCCCUAAAACGGGCUUUGUGUGUAGCAUGUUUGUCAAGUACUUCAUACUCAUUUCGGCAUCUUAUUAAACUGACAGUAUUUUCGGAGCAGUGGAGAGAAUUUGCCUACCUCUUUUUAUUUUCAUAUGAAGAUCAUAGCAGGCCUUGUAAAGUGGAGCGUAGAGUUUCCUCCGUGCUCAGUCUCUCCUUUACAUUUAGUACACUCUGAUUCACAUAUGCCUUCUAUUCCACUGUUAAAACUUAAGCUUUCAGUGCACAACCUUUUCUGUUGGUCACACGUGGGCACUACGAAGGUGGCAACAAGACUGGACAGAGAAGACAGACACUUGCUUUAUAUUUGCCACACCCAGCUUAUCAACGAAGAGACCAGCCGAACUGUACGACAAACCACGUUUUUAAAACAAGCUGAUGGAUUAACAGAGUUAUAAUUAUGUCAAAAGGACUGUGUAUUGUACACCGAUUUUUAUUACAUUCAUUUUAAAAAGCAAUAUCUCACUGGUUACAUUAUUUUCUUUCCAGUGCAUGAUUUUCUUAACAGCCCCCACGAUGUUAUUAAUUAAGUUCAGCAUCAUGACCGUAAGUGACUGGCUGGCUGUUGGUUAUCAAGUGAAAGCAUGUAAGAGCAGAUGAUGACUCACCAUUGACAAAGCCACUAGAAAUUUGCACAUCCAAAACCUUGUACUGAACGACCUAAAGUUCCCUCUUUGCCUGAUGUUGUGAGGCCUCCAGAUGGUUCUACACUAGUUUCAUCGUGUUUUUAUUGACUGUUGUGAAAGUGACAAAACCUGCAUGAAACAUGUAUUUUAGUAGAAAAUAAAAGUAACCUGUGAUCACCUGA